AUGUGCAGCACAUCUAUCCGUAUAUCACGAGGAAGUGCAUUGGAUGAUCUCUUGCAGACUGAGAUCCCACAUGAAAGGAAGCUGACACUAUCCACAGGAAAGGUCAACUCCCUGGGGCGUCAAAGUAGGGGGGUACCAAUUCAAUCCGAAAACAGUGUGUUUCGUGUUCGUAACGACUGCUUUGACUUUCAUCUCGAGGAGCCGACGGAAAUGGCAAGGGACAGGUCAGGGUUGGAAGGAGGGAGACCGAAACUCCCAACCCAAGGCUUCCAACGUUCUUCUUGCGUCUGCAGCCGAGCGAGGUAUAACGUUGUCGUUCUGCAGCACGACGACGCUUAG